AUGUGCCACUACCUUGAGUCAAUCCCACGAAUUCAAUCCAAUCGCGUUCAGUCUCCUUUCAAGGAUCUCCCGAAUCUCCAGGCUCCACAGAAACUCACUGCCGACAUACAGGCCGCCCUCCAGGUCCACCCGACACUGACGGAGGGUAAGUUGCAUUACCAUUCAUUACUUAUUUUGUUGUUCAAAAUCCGUCCUUCAUGGGGCCAUAUGACUAGUACCAAUGGGUUGUCGUACGUCGUUCUGGGAAUUCCUUCGCAAACUCAGAUGCAAUUCAUGAAGGCUCCAGGCCACUUGACUGUAGCAUAUAGCGUGAUUCCAUUACUGAUCGGUGACAGUCGACCUACGAUCCCCGUCCCAAUGUUCGUUACUGCUGUUCGAUCUUCGUGGACGUGCUAUCAAAGAGGCCUGGCCUGGCACAAGAAGAAUGAUUCCAGUGCUCGCUUCUUCACCUCCAGGUAA